AUGAGCCGCCGCUCCGACGCGGUCGACAGCUCGAGCGACGACCCUCUGCGCCCGACGCCCGACUCGAUCUUUGACCCUUGGUCGGACAACUUUGACGCUCGCGCGUGGGCCAAGGCCGUCUGGUCGCUCACCAACCUCGCCCACCGCACCGCCGGCGUCGCGUUCGAAAACCUGGGCGCGUACGGCUACGGCACCGACAGCGACUACCAGUCGACGGUCGGCAACAUGCCGCUCAAGGCGUUCGGCAUGCUCAAGGGCCUCGUCUCGCGCAACAAGGGCAAGCGCGUCCAGAUCCUGAGCGGCGUCGACGGCCUCCUCGAGCCCGGCGACAUGCUCGUCGUCCUCGGUCCUCCCGGCAGUGGCUGCUCGACCUUCCUCAAGACGCUCGCCGGCGAGACGCAGGGCUUCAAGGUCAACCCGGAGAGUAACAUCAACUACAAGGGCAUCACGCCCGAGCAGAUGAAGAAGAAUUUCGCCGGCGAGGCCAUCUACUCUGCCGAGACGGAGCAGCACUUCCCGCAACUCACGGUGGGCCAGACGCUCGAAUUUGCUGCCGAGGCUCGCGCGCCCCGCAACCCUCCCGGCGGCCUGAGCCAGCGCGAGUGGUCGAAGCAGUUCGCCGCCGUCAUGAUGGCCGUGUUCGGAAUUUCCGACACGUACAGCGUCCGCGUCGGCAACGAGUACAUCCGCGGCGUGUCGGGCGGUCAGCGCAAGCGUGUCUCGAUCGCCGAGGUCGCCCUCGCCGGCUCUCCCCUCACCUUCUGGGACAACUCGACUCGCGGCCUCGACUCGGCGACGGCCGUCUCGUUCUGCCAGUCGGUCCGCAACUCGGUCGAGCUCACCGGCGGCGUCGCGAGCGUCGCCAUCUACCAGGCGCCGCAGCCGGCGUACGACUGCUUCACCAAGGCGAUCGUCCUGUACGAGGGCCACAGCAUCUGGUUCGGCCCCGUCGACAAGGCCAAGCAGUACUUCGUCGACAUGGGCUUUGAGUGCCCCGAGCAGCAGACGGUCCCCGACUUCCUCACGAGCCUGACGUCGGCGACCGAGCGCCGAGCCCGCCAAGGGUGGGAGACUCGCGUUCCUCGCACGCCGCAAGAGUUCGAGGCGCGUUGGAAGGCGAGCGACGAGUACCGCGCCCUCAAGGCCCAGCUCGCCGAGUACAACCAGCAGCACCCGCUCAAUGGCGACGAGCUCGAGACGUUCAAGGCCGCUCGUCGCGACGUCCAGUCGAAGCACGUCCGCCCGGCGUCGCCGUUCACCCUCAGCUACCGCGCCCAGGUCGCUCUCUGCCUGCGCCGCGGCUUCUGGCGGCUCAAGGCCGACCCGUCCCUCACCAUCUUCCAGCUCUUCGGCAACUCAUCGAUGGCUCUCGUCGUCUCGUCCGUCUUCUACAACCUUGCGCCGACGACGGCAACCUUCUACUCGCGAGGCGCGCUCCUCUUCUUCGCGAUCCUGCUCAACGCCUUUGGUUCCGCCCUCGAGAUCCUCACGCUGUACUCGCAACGCCCGAUCGUCGACAAGCAGUCGCGGUACGCGUUCUACCACCCCUCGGCCGAGGCGUUCGCGUCGAUGGCGACCGACCUGCCGUACAAGAUCCUCAACGCGAUCUGCUUCAACACGAUCAUCUACUUCAUGACGAACCUCAAUCGUCAAGCAGGCAACUUCUUCUUCUUCGUCUUGGUCUCGUUCACCCUCACCCUCGUCAUGAGCAUGUUCUUCCGAUCGGUCGGCGCCCUGUCGCGGUCCCUGUCGCAAGCGCUCGUCCCGGCCGCCCUCCUCAUCCUCGCGCUCGUCCUGUACACCGGUUUCGCCAUCCCGACGCGGUACAUGCUCGGCUGGAUCAGCUGGAUCCGCUACCUCAACCCGAUCCAGUACGGCUUCGAGAGCCUCAUGGUCAACGAGUUCUGGGGCCAGCAGUACCGGUGUGCGGCAACGGUCCCAUCUGGGCCGGGCUAUCCCGACGCUUCUUCGCCGAACGUCGUCUGCUCGGUCGCCGGAGCUAUCCCUGGCACUCUUUUCGUCGACGGCGCCGAGUACAUCGGUCAGACCUACCAGUACUACCACUCGCACAAGUGGCGCAACUACGGCAUCCUCUGGGUCUUCCUCAUCGGCCUUAUGCUCCUGUACCUCGCCGCGAGCGAGUACAUCUCCGAGGCCAAGUCGAAGGGCGAGAUCAAGCUGUACCCGCGCACCCGCCAGCCCAAGCACUCGAAGCACGAGGGCGACGACGACGUCGAGUCGGGCAUGUCGGGCCGCACUGCGCGCAACGAGGACGAGGUCGUCGACGCCAAGGACGUCAACAUCAAGCGCCAGACGGCCAUCUUCCACUGGGAGAACCUGAGCCUCGACAUCCCGGUCAAGGGCGGCACGCGCAGGCUCCUCGACGGCGUCGACGGCUGGGUCAAGCCCGGCACCCUCACGGCGCUCAUGGGCGUCUCUGGCGCCGGCAAGACGACGCUUCUGGACACGCUCGCCUCUCGGUUCACGGUCGGCGUCAUCACGGGCAACAUCCUCGUCGACGGCAACCCGCGCGACGAUAGCUUCCAGCGCAAGACCGGCUAUGUUCAGCAGCAGGACCUUCACCUCGAGACGGCGACUGUUCGCGAGGCCCUCCAGUUCUCGGCCCUUCUUCGCCAGCCCGCCAGCACCCCUCGCGCCGAGAAGCUCGCCUACGUCGAGGAGAUCCUCAAGCUGCUCGGCAUGGACAAGUACGCCGACGCCGUCGUCGGUCGCCUCGGCGAGGGCCUAAACGUCGAGGAGCGCAAGCGCCUGUCGAUCGGCGUCGAGAUGGUCGCCAAGCCUGAGCUUCUCCUGUUCCUCGACGAGCCGUCCAGUGGCCUCGACUCGCAGACGUCGUGGUCGAUCCUCGACCUUCUCGAGACGCUCAAGAACAACGGCCAGGCCAUCCUCUGCACGAUCCACCAGCCCUCGGCCAUGCUCUUUGCCCGCUUCGACCGCCUCCUGUUCCUCGCCAGGGGCGGAAAAACGAUCUACUACGGGAGUGUUGGCGACGAGUCGCACGUCCUGCGCGAGUACUUUGAGCGCAACGGCUCGGCCAAGUUUCCGCCCGGCGUCAACCCCGCCGAGUUCAUGCUCGAGGUCAUCGGCGCCGCACCUGGGUCUCACUCCGACAUCGACUGGCACCAGACGUGGCUCGACAGCCCUGAGCGCGCGGCCGUCAAGGAGGAACUGCGUCAACUCGCCGCCAACCCCAAGGUCGUCGACAAGUCGCAGGAGGACAAGUGGGCCUACACCGAGUUCGCCGUCCCGCUCCGCUCCCAGUUCUGGGAGGUCCAGAAGCGUGUCUUCCAGCAGUACUGGCGCACGCCCGUCUACAUCUACUCCAAGGCCACCCUCUGCACCCUCGUCGCUCUCUUCAUCGGCUUCUCGUUCUUCGACGCCGGCACGUCGAUCCAGGGCCUACAGAACCAGCUCUUUGCGGUCUUCCUUCUCUUCACCGUCUUCGGCCAGCUCGUGCAGCAGAUCAUGCCCCAGUUCGUCAAGCAGCGCGAGAGCUACGAGGUGCGCGAGCGCCCGAGCCGCACGUACAGCUGGAUCAUGUUUAUGCUCUCCAACAUCAUCGUCGAGCUCCCGUGGAACACCCUCAUGGCCGUCAUCAUGUACUUCUGCCUCUACUACCCGGUCGGCUUCUACAAAAACGCUGGCGACGACGUCCACGUUCGGGGCUUCCUCUUCUUCCUCUUCGUCUGGGUCUUCCUCCUCUUCACAAGCACGUUCGCCCACAUGGUUAUCGCCUUCAACGAUACGGCCGAAAACGGAGGAAAUCUCGCGAACUUGGCUUUUUCGCUCUGCCUCAUCUUCUGUGGCGUUCUCGCCACCCCGUCGACGUUCCCAGGCUUUUGGGUAUUCAUGUAUAGGGUUUCGCCGUUCACGUAUCUCGCUGAGGGCCUCCUCUCGGCCGCCGUCGGCGGCACGUCGGUGCAAUGCGCCCCGCAAGAGCUCAUCAACAUCACGCCGCCCGCCGGCCAGUCGUGCGGCGACUACAUGGGGCCCUACGUGUCGGUCGCAGGUGGCACGCUCAACCAGGCCAACGGCGCAUGCUCGUACUGCCAGAUCGCCGACACCAACACGUUCCUGCGCUCGUUCUCGUACGACUUUGGCAACCGCUGGCGCGACUUUGGCAUCUUGUGGGCGUUCAUCAUCUUCAACGUCGUCGCCGCCCUGGUCUUCUACUACCUCGCGCGCAUGCCAAAGAAGAGCCGCAAGCAGAAGAAGGAGGAAAAGGCCGCUGCUCGGGCUGCGCAGAACAAGGGCGCCGCCGACAAGGGCGCCGACAAGGGCGCCGACAAGGGCGCCGACAAGGUCGCCGCCGAGAAGCACUAGUUCCCC